UCUUAACUCAUCUCAACUCGCCAGAAAUUAUGGAACGUUGGCUAAAUCGUGUGGCUGUUGUAACGGGCGCCAGUUCGGGCAUUGGUUCGGCCAUUGCCAAGGAUUUGGUUAGUUCUGGUCUAACAGUAAUCGGCCUGGCACGUCGCAUCGAACGGGUUAGGGAGCUGCAAGAGAAGCUGCCAGCAGCUCAACGAAAUCGUCUUGUUCCGCUCUACUGCGAUGUGGGCUCUGAGAAAUCUGUGAACGAGGCUUUCGAUUGGAUAUGCCAGCACUACGAUGGCAUCGAUAUAUUGGUUAACAAUGCCGGAACAUUGCAGACGGGCCAAUUGGUUGAUAUGAAAAUCGCUCACAUCCAACAGGUCAUUCAAACCAAUAUCAUGGGCAUUGUCUUGUGCACUCAGCGGGCCUAUCGUUCCAUGAGAGAGCGUCAAUUCGAUGGUCAUAUUGUGUUAAUUAAUAGUAUUCUGGGUCACAAGCUUCAAUCUGCCCAAGUGGGCGUGGCACCUGAUCUCAAUAUCUAUCCACCCAGCAAACAUGCAGUCAAUGCCCUAACCGAAAUGUAUCGUCAAGAGUUUUUGGGUCUGGGCACGCGAAUUAAAGUCACUAGCAUCAGUCCCGGUGCUGUGGAUACGGAAAUAAUUCCAGAUAGUUUGCGUCAUAUUGCUAAUAAAACGAUUUUACAAUCGGAAGAUAUAUCCCAGGCAGUUCUCUUUGCCAUUGCCACGCCUCCUCAUGUCCAAAUACAUGAGUUGACCAUCAAACCAUUGGGCGAGAUCAUAUGAAAACCAAAAUCCAAUAUAACCCAUCCCCAAAUAGUAUUAAUUUUUUUUUCUUCUUCUUCUUUGUUUGAUAUUUCAUUUCUGCAAAUAAAAAGUCAAUUUUGAUUUAUUCAAGGUCAAAAA